CGUAAGAAAGCGCAAGACAUUUAAAUAUUUUUCGAAUAUAAUAGUUAGUUAUUAAUUAAGAUGUUAUUUUAUAAAUUAAUUAUAUUAGGAAUUAUCUCAAAUACUUUUGAAUUAAUUGUAUUGCAAGAUUGUCAAAUAUCAAGGAAUAAUGAACAAGGAAAAUGUACAAGUAUUCAUUCUUGCUUUAAAGUUCAAUAUGAUUUACAACAUAAUCAAAUUAAACCUGAUAUCUGUAGCUUUGAAGGAUUUGAACCACUCGUUUGUUGUCCAUUAAACAGUAUUUUAACACAACUGAAUGUUAAACCAAGCGAGAGAAUCAGUGUCAGAAGAUGUAAAGAUAUAUAUGAAAUUAAACCCACCACUACAACAUCACGACCAAAUUUUAUUAAUGGUGAACAAAUAUUUUACCCAGAAGUUGUAGGAGGUGAAUUAACUGAAAUAGGAGAGUUUCCUUUUAUGGCGGCUAUUGGCUGGCAAAAAUAUAACAAUGAAAUAGAAUUUAAAUGUGGUGGAUUUUUAAUUGAAAACAAUUUUGUAAUAACUGCAGCUCAUUGUACUAAUUUAGGAGGUGCUCCUCCUAUUGUUGUCAGAACGGGUGGUAAUCGUUUAGAUGAUCAAUAUACAAUUAAUAUUCCUAUUCAGAAUAUUCAUGUACAUCCUUCUUAUAAAAAUAGAGAAAACUAUAAUGAUAUUGCAAUAUUGAAAUUAGCAAACAAUUCUACUCACACACCAGCAUGUUUAUGGCAAUUAAAUGAUGUAAAAAAUUAUCAAAAAGGAACUGCUAUUGGUUAUGGACAUAUUCAAUUUGCUGGUAAAAGAUCAAACGAUUUAUUAAAAGUUGAACUUAAUUUUUAUGAAAAUAAUCGGUGCAAUAAAUAUUAUAAUUCACAACCUGAAUUUCCAUUGGGAUUAAUAAAUUCACAAUUAUGUGCUGGAGAUCCAGAUGGUAUUAAAGAUACUUGUCAGGGUGAUUCUGGUGGUCCAAUUCUAAUUAAAACAGAUUUGAAAUUACCUUAUAUUAUUGGAAUAACAUCUUCUGGUUCUGGUUGUGCCGGACAAAUCCCAAGUAUAUAUACUAGAAUCAGCUCUUAUUUGGAUUGGAUUGAAUCAAUUGUGUGGAAAUAAAACAUAUUAUAGAUUUUAGGAAUCAUACUUUCGGAUAAAAACACAUUUUUUUUUAGUUGGCCCAAAUGAAUAAUUAAUAUUAAGUAUUAAAAUUUAAAUUUUAAAGCUUUUAGAAGAUUUGUAGUAUCCCAUAUUCACUAUUUGGCAACAUUGUAAAAUAAUA